CAUGAUGAACGCCUACUUCCUCCGUCUCUUUCACCUCUUUUUCUUUAUCUCUGUCUUUCUCGCUGGUUAAGACAAAGUUUAAGUUAAGUCGUGCGAUACAUACAGACAUGGUCUUUAUUUUGAAGUCUUUUGUUUAAUGAUGCUUCUCGGUGCGGAGACAGCAUACUGUACUGCUGAAGAAUAAUCGGCUUAAAGAGCUGGAAACAUUGACUUGUUCGACCAGCUUCUUGUUGCGGGGGUUUCCGGGCUUGGAUGACAGCCAGGCAUCAGUGAGCGGCCACAUCCUCCAUCAGCGCAGCCAUGCCACCCCCAGCAGACAUAGUGAAGGUGGCCAUCGAGUGGCCGGGGGCCUUCCCCAAACUCAUGGAGAUUGAUCAGAAAAAACCUCUCUCAGCCAUCAUUAAAGAAGUGUGUGAUGGAUGGAACUUGCCAAACCCUGAAACCUUCUCCCUGCAGAAUGCUGACUCGACCAACUUCUACAUCACCGAAAAGAAUCGCAACAACAUCAAAAACGGCUCCAUUCUGCGGCUUACUACGUCUGCUGCCCAGAUGGCCCAGCAGCUGCACGAGCGCAUCCAGUCGUCCAGCAUGGACAUGAAGCUGGAUGCUCUGAAGGAUCUGGCCAACUCUUCACGAGACAUCACCUUUGCUCAGGAGUUCAUCAACCUUGACGGCAUCUCGCUGCUCACACAGAUGGUGGAGAGUGGCACAGAACGGUAUCAGAAACUACAGAAGAUAAUGAAGCCCUGCUUUGGUGACCUGCUCUCCUUUACACUGACGGCCUUCGUGGAGCUAAUGGACCAUGGCAUUGUCUCCUGGGACACCUUCUCUGUGGCCUUCAUCAAGAAGAUUGCCAGUUAUGUGUGUAAAUCUGCCAUGGACACUGCUGUACUCCAGAGGUCUCUAGCCAUUCUGGAAUCAAUGGUCCUCAACAGUCAAGAUCUCUACCAGAAGGUGGCUCAAGAAAUCACCAUUGGUCAGCUCAUCCCUCAUCUGCAAGGGACAGAUCAGGACAUUCAGACUUACACUAUCGCAGUGAUUAAUGCAUUGUUUCUCAAAGCCCCUGAGGAGAAGAGACAGUUUGAUGAGGACAAUGUGAACAUCCUUGAUUGUCCUCUAACAGAGAUGGCCCACAUUCUAGCACAGAAGCAGCUGCGCUCAAUCAUCCUCAGUAAUGUGAUCAGGAGUAACAAGCCCAUAAAUGAUGAGAUGGCACACCAGCUCUAUGUGCUACAAGUCUUGACCUUUAACCUUUUGGAGGACCGCAUGAUGACGAAGAUGGACCCUCAAGACCAGGCUCAGAGGGACAUCAUCUUCGAGCUGCGCAGGAUUGCUUUUGACGUUGAGUGCGAAUCCAACAACAGUGGCAGCAUUGAGAAGCGAAAGUCCAUGUACACGCGAGACUACAAAAAACUGGGCUUUAUUAAUCAUGUGAAUCCUGCGGUGGACUUCACUCAGAUUCCUCCUGGGAUGCUGGCUCUGGAUAACAUGCUCUAUUUCGCCAGGCACCAUCAGGAUGCUUAUAUCAGGAUUGUACUGGAAAACAGCAGUCGUGAGGAUAAACACGAGUGUCCAUUCGGGCGCAGUAGUAUCGAACUGACGAAGAUGCUGUGUGAGAUUCUCAAAGUCGGAGAACUCCCCAGCGAGAACUGCCAUGACUUCCAUCCCAUGUUUUUCACCCAUGACCGCUCGUUUGAGGAGUUCUUCUGCAUCUGUAUCCAGCUACUCAACAAAACCUGGAAAGAGAUGAGAGCCACUUCUGAAGACUUCAAUAAGGUGAUGCAGGUGGUGAAGGAACAGAUCACUCGUGCUCUCACGAUCAAGCCUAACUCUCUGGAUCAGUUUAAAAGUCGUCUGCAAAAUCUGAGCUACACUGAGAUCCUCAAAUUGCGCCAGUCCGAAAGGAUGAACCAGGAGGAUUUCCAAUCCCGGCCCAUUCUGGAGCUUAGGGAGAAAAUCCAGCCAGAGAUCAUGGAGUUGAUCAAACAGCAACGCCUCAAUCGCCUGUGUGAGGGCACCUGUUUCAGGAAGAUCAGCAGCCGAAGGAGACAGGACAAGUUCUGGUACUGUCGAUUGUCCCCCAAUCAUAAAGUUCUUCACUAUGGGGAUUUGGAGGAGAGCCCUCAGGGAGAGGUACCCCAUGAUUCCCUACAGGACAAGCUUCCUGUGGCUGACAUCAAAGCUGUUGUCACUGGUAAAGACUGUCCACACAUGAAGGAAAAGGGAGCUCUGAAGCAGAAUAAGGAGGUGCUGGAGCUGGCUUUCUCUGUCCUCUACGAGUCUGAUGAGUAUCUAAACUUCAUUGCCCCUGACAAGCACGAGUACUGUGUGUGGACAGAUGGGCUGAAUGCACUGCUGGGGAAGGAGAUGACCAGUGAGUUCACUCGCUCAGACAUGGACACUCUUCUCAACAUGGAAAUGAAGCUCCGCCUCCUGGACCUGGAGAACAUCCAGAUCCCUGAAGUUCCUCCCCCAAUCCCCAAAGAGCCAAGCAAUUAUGACUUUGUUUAUGACUGCAAUUAAUCUCCUUUCACUGGACUGACUGAUGAUUUUUCGUAACUGCAUACUGGAAGAAAGACUCUUUCCUGCUAGAACUUGGCUCUCAUCACAAUGGAUUUGCUGAACUUAAUGGACUUGGCUUGCAAGGCCUAUGAACCAUAUGGUCUGAUUGAAGAACCACCACAAACUGGUCCUCAGGUCCUAAACCACUCUAGUCCUGUCGCAGAAAUUUCCAGACGUCUCUUCAAACAGUUCCAUUCCUCAAGCAGCCCACCUCCACCUGCUCUGGCUUAAAAAUGGUUGUGUCAAGAAUUUUUGGUUCCAUCAUAAUUUCUGGCUGUUCGGAGUGGGAUGCUCCCUGUAGAGUGUGCAAAAAGUCUAGGGGAUUGGGGCACGUAGCACUCACUGUAAUAUGUUUCUCACUCUAACAGGCGGCAGCUAUAUUGCUAGCAAAGUCCAAGUUAGUUCUUUCUCCAAGUAUCCCAUUCACGCCUCUUAAACUGUAGACUGUUAAAUUAAAUUGGCAGCUUCAUGCAAGAGGUUGCCUUUCUUGUCUUAAACCAUACCUGCUUUUGUGCGUACUUUGUUAACAUUGUCUGACUAUAAUGCAGGCGUGUAGAUAUAGCUCUUUCCUUCACUUGACAUCAACCAGACUCAUGGCAGACUGCUGUAACAUUCCAAAGCAAUAUUGAGCUUCUGUUUUUGUAAGCUGGUAUAAAUUUUUGUGAUAUUCGUGAUUGCUGCCAAGUAGUCAGUAUUAUACAUUUCUGUGUGUUAAGGAAUUUCAUUUUUCAGGGCCUUCAAAUUUCAUUUGAACUUUCAUGAUUGAUUUAAUUUAAGAUUGUGGGUAUUAUAAUUGUUAUGAUUUAUGAUUAUUCUCCCCUCAUGUUUGUUAGAACGCAACAUCCUGCUGUUUACAUUAAAGAUGGAUUCCAGUUUGG